AUGCGUCUUUUUCGCAACAAGAACAAGCCGGCCACUGAGCCCAGUGGAAGCCACCCCAAUGAUUCCAGUGGCUCCCUCAAAUCCCCUGUCCCAAGCACUCACAAUGCCUCCAAACCGCCAACCGUCUCUUUCCCUGACGUACCCCUCCCAAGGGCUCCUGAUCCCGCCUUGGACCCUGCUGGCUACCUCCGCAGCAUCUACGCCGUCAGGGAACGGUGCACCCUUGUGCUGGAAAAGGCGAAGAAGAAUCAGUUGAGACACUUCACUGUUGACAUGUCCAAAUUCCACGAUACCGCCGUUUAUGUCGUUUCCAUCAUCAAGCGCGAUUAUUCGCCAGACUACGCCUCGAUUCCUCCCCAUGGCCGAUGGCAACACUUCGAUGUUGGUGGACGUCCGCGCAUCGACCAAUUGAUGCAGUCGUGGCCCCUGACGGUUGACAAUCAAGAGAGGACGCGCCGUUUGAUUGACCUGUUCUUGGUCUCUGUCCUGCUCGACGCUGGUGCUGGCACAAAAUGGCAAUACCGCAGCAAGGAAUCUGGGAAAAUCUACCGCCGAAGUGAGGGUCUGGCCGUCGCCAGUCUAGAGAUGUUCAAAGCCGGUCUGUUCAGCAGCAAGCCCGACGAACCCUGUCAGGUAGACAGCGCUGGAUUGAGGAAGUUGGACUUGAAGACCAUGGCACGCGGUUUACAGGUGACCGAGGAGAACCCUCUCAAUGGACUAGAGGGCAGGACAGGGCUUCUCAUGAGGUUGGCAGAUGUUCUCCAGAACCAGGAAGUCUUUGGUCUUGAGGCGCGUCCUGGGAAUAUGCUGGACUAUUUACUUUCUCACCCCUCAACGCAAGCAUCCUCCGUACCUAUAAUUCCGCUGCCGACGCUUUGGAACACCCUCAUGGACACUCUCACGCCCAUCUGGCCAGCAUCUCGCACCCAAAUCGAUGGAAUUUCGAUCGGUGAUGCAUGGCCAUGCUCGGUCAUGCCUUCACACCCGACGCAUCCUUGGGAGAACAUUGUACCGUUCCACAAGCUCACACAGUGGCUGACCUACUCACUCAUGGUGCCAAUGACGAAGCUCCUCAAUGUCCAUUUCGCUGGUGCGGAUCUCCUGACUGGUCUUCCCGAGUAUCGGAAUGGCGGUCUUCUCAUCGACACGGGCUUGAUGACGUUGAAGCCCGAGGAUGCAAAGCGCGGGCUAGCGCAGUACCAGCGUAACGCGCAGCUCAAGGGGCAACCCAACAUGGAGGUUGUUCCCCUCUUCGCAGCAGAUGACGACGUCAUCGUGGAGUGGCGAGCAGCCACGGUAGGCUUCUUGGACGAGCUGCUCGUAGAAGUGAACUCGUUGCUUGGAUUGAGCGGAAGAGACAAAUUGACUCUGGCACAGAUGCUGGAGGCGGGGACUUGGAAGGGAGGAAGAGAAAUCGCAGAGGUGUCGCGGCCCAAUACCAAAGAACCACCAAUCAUGAUCCUUUCAGACGGAACUGUUUUCUAA